UGUCCUCUUCUCCUCUUUCGAUGGGCCUUUCGAUUUCCUUCUGAAAAUUUUGACGCUGUUAGCGCAUGUGACUUGUGGCUUUGAGUAGAGCCGAAAAUAAUCUCGUAAGCUGAACGUAUAUACGAUUCGUCAUGGGCAGACCAGGCUUUUCACCAGGUAGAGGAGGAGGUGGCCGUGGAGGUGGUCGCGGAGGCAGCCGUGGAGGAGGCUUUGGGGGAGGUCGUGGAGGAGGCUUUGGGGGAGGCCGUGGAGGAAGAGGCGGUAGAGGUGGUGAUAGAAGAAGUGGUGGCCGAGGAGAUCACAAAGGAGGUGGCUUUAAAGGUGGAAAGAAUGUAAUAAUAGAGCCACAUCGUCAUGAGGGAGUGUUUAUAGCUAGAGGAAAAGAAGACGCAUUAGUAACUUUAAGCUUAGUACCUGGAGCAGCAGUUUAUGGAGAGAAGAGAAUCAGCGUAGAUACUGAUAAUCCUGGAGAGAAAAUUGAAUAUAGAGUAUGGAAUCCAUUCAGAUCCAAAUUAGCCGCUGCUAUUCUUGGAGGUGUUGAUAAAAUUUAUAUGCCUCCUGGAAGCAAAGUAUUAUACCUAGGCGCUGCAUCAGGUACCACUGUGUCUCAUGUUGCUGAUGUAGUUGGUCCAGACGGGAUUGUAUUUGCAGUGGAAUUCUCCAACAGAACAGGCAGAGAUCUUAUAGAGGUCGCUAAGAAAAGAAGUAACAUCAUUCCUAUAGUCGAGGAUGCGAGGCAUCCUCAUAAAUACAGAAUGUUAGUAGGAAUGGUAGAUACUAUUUUCUCAGAUGUGGCACAGCCAGAUCAGGCUAGAAUUGUCGCUUUAAAUGCGCAAAAUUUCCUUAAAAGUGGUGGACAUUUUGUUAUUUCUAUUAAGGCGAGUUGCAUAGACUCAAUCUCACAACCCGAAGUGGUCUUUGCAUCAGAAGUGAAGAAACUAAUUGCCGACAAUUUAAAACCACAGGAGCAAAUCACACUCGAACCAUAUGAAAGAGAUCAUGCUGUUGUAGUCGGCGUCUACAGGCCACCACCGAAAAAAAAUAUAUAAAAUAUAUAUGUAAUUAUUAAGAUUAUUACUUGUAUUGGUUUAUAUACAUCCCUUUUUUUAACUUUAAUGAGAAAUGUCAUAUAUUUAAUUCGAAUGAACGAAAUGGAAAAUGCGAGAUAUUUUAUUAAGAUUAAGAAACAUGAUUUAAUAAAAAUAAAAAUAGUAGUUUAUAA